AGAAAACUCAAACAACAUGAUUACUUUUCACUGACCAUCACCACGAACAAUUUGAAUUGCUGAUUAGAUGGAAAAAUGGAUCAAAACAAUUACCAAGAAAAUGAAGUUAAAUUGUCAUCAAUUGGAAGGCGAGCUCCUUGUAAAUACAAUUUAACCUCAUUGGUAAAUCAAUCAAUCUUUUUAAAUUGUAUUUCCUUCAAAUAUUUACCUCGAUCUAAUUUAAUUUGGAAGUUAAUUGCUACACUGAUCAGUUGUUUUAAUCUUUACAAUCUUUACAUAGUUUUAUCUCAAUUGGCGUUAGUGAAAAACAUUCAAUUUAAACACAUAUUUGUGGCCUUUCAAAGGUCACUUUUUGCCGUUUGUUUCACCACCAUUUCGGCUGGACCUUUGUUCAUCGACUUGGAUUCAUUUAUAUUAGCCUUUGACUCUACCUGGAGGUCAAUUAUUCUUGUCCAGGGGACACAAUCAACGACAAUUAUCACCCGAGAAUUGGUUAAAGUGAAUCGUCAAUUGAUUACGAUGAUUUUGGUUGGGACAAUCAUGCUAAUUGGCUUUGGAUUAGUUGGUUUUACUAAUUUUGAUUCGUUCAUCGACACAAGUGUGACCUUUUCGGCCAUAAUUUAUACACUUUACUUGACCAUUGAAUAUAUUUACGUACUUCGAUUGGCCGUUGCCUUGGUUUCAACGGGAUAUCAGUUAAUUGAGAAACGAUUAGAAACUUGUUCAACAAUCGGUGAUACAAAUUUAGGACACAUUAGACUUUGUCGACAAUGUCACAAUCAAUUGGUCCAAGUUACCGAUCUAAUUGGUUCAACAUUUAAACAUGUAUUCUCAUCAUAUAUUUGUCUCUUUGUCCCACAAUUCGUGAUCGGAUUUUAUCAAUUAACUGAUUCUUCUCAACCUUUACUAAUUAGUAUUGUCUCAAUCGGUUGGAAUUCAGUUAAUUUUUUCUAUGUAGUUUCACUUAGUCAAGGAUUAUCUCAACUUAAUACUCUUCCUCAAUCCUAUUAUUUGACACUUUAUUUAACUUCCUUUGGUCAGAUUAAUGAUGUUGUUAAACUUGAGAUUCGACAUUAUCUUGGUUAUAUUGCAAAUCGAGACACUGGCUUCAGAUUGUGGGGCAAUUUUCUGGUCACUGGUCAAUUGUUACCUAAAUUGUUGGUCCUUGUUUUCAGCUAUUUAACUGCAGCAGCAAGUUUCUUACAAUAAUCACUGGACAAUGGUCAUUAAAGUAUCAUAAUUGGUCAUAUUGUUUAUAAUACAUGACCCCAACAAUUAACUGUAAUCCUGUUGUUAUUUAAAUGUCAUUUAACUUGAGCAAUUAAUGGUUUACCUUUUUCAUUUGAUUGUAACAACAUUUCCGUAUGAUUAUUUUAAUCAAUAUCAUAAGGACUAGAGUCUUAUUUUUUUUUUGAUUGUUAACCUCUUGGUUACAAUAUAACAUCAACAAUCAAUUUGUCAACAAAUCAUAUCAAUCAAUUGUGAUUGUAACUAAAAUCCAAUACAAUGAUUAGUAAAUAGUAAUUUAUGUUUUCCUUUCCGAAA